UUCCUGAUACGCGUGAUCCUCACCCGACGACAACAACCGCCCCACCACCGCUUGCGCGCAGUCAUCAUAUGCGUCCGAACACCGCCCAAACUCAUAGCCGUUAUGAAGCUGUCGACUGUCGCUCGCUGUGCGAUCGCAAACGAAUGCCUGCGCCGAAGAAAACAGCCAUCUUGUGACGCUGCCAAUCGCACUCACCUAGAGCACCAAGUCGAACUCUUAAGCAUCACCAUCGAACAAACGGCAGACGAACAACCAACAGAGGCGCAAUAUCAGCGAGCAUCGACUCAUGUACAAGCUCUCAUCACAUCGACCGCGAACGAGAGAUGCGACACAGGCACAGUCGGCGUCAAGACCAUCGCUUUAGAUAAGAUCAGUAAAGCGCCUAGACAUCUCCGUAAGCCGAGAGUUUGGAGGCCAAUGUUGAGGAGCGAACGCACUGGCAGUACCGUUCUGGCGGCUUUGCAACUCAACGUAGACAGAGGCGCGGUGGCCACGGGAGCAAAUGCUGCACAAAACUCAUGUGCUGAAGGCAUCGGCUUGACUGCACGCGACACUGUCUCAAAGGCGUGGCAAGGGACGACCGACCACGAAUACCAGAUUUUCACCACCUUUUGCUUCCCUGCUAUAAGUGCAUCCGCCCCUCAAUCUCUUCCUCCGACGCCGCACCCUGAAGACGCCAGUGAUACAGCAUCGCCGACCUCAGAUACAACCUUGUUCGAAGACGCGCCUCUAUGCACGCCCAGCCAGCUAAGAUGCGAUGAAGACAUCAGUGCGUACGUAGCUUGCAACGACACAUCAAUGGGAGGAGUGUCCAUCACCUGGACUCCCCAAGUUACAGAGCAAGAAAUCUAUCCUGUCGCUAAACGGCCUCUUCGGCAUCGUCGAUACGUCUCGUCUCGAUCAAGCUUCGGCGUUACUGAAACGCCUCAAAUCCCGUUUCGGUCAAGAUCAAGAACGAACGAUGGCCCGCUGUUAUUCAUGGCAGAUCACUCCAAGGAACCUACAGACAACGCUCCUGGAAUCAGAUACCGUCGUAAAGUCUCCCUGAAUCUUCCAGUCAACUCACACGCUUGCCAGCCAGACGCCGCCCAGCGAUCCCAAAAGUCCGAUAUCAGAAGUUGUACAAAGCGAACGUCUGGCAUUGAGACCGCUUACUACACCACUAUCUUAGAUGCAGUGACCCAAGAAGAACGGGAUCUAGAGUACAAGCAUCGGCAUACAUUCAUUGGAACUGGCUCGUUAGACGACUUCCUGGAGAUUCUGGAGACAACACCUCACCAUACCGCUACCAGAGAUGCCGUUGCUCGGGCAUUCGUACAACUGGCGUCAUCAGAGCAGCUCUACGCUCGACAGUAUUCCGCUAGGACUCAGGGAUGGGAUCUUGUUUCGCGAACAACACUGAACGUCGUAGACGUUACUAGCGUCGAUUACGUUGUACAGUCGCAAGUCAAGCUGGGCUCCAUUACAUUACGGCAAUUGAUGGAGUUGAUGCCGUUCGAUGCAUUCAAUGAGGUGGGUGCAAUGCGUAUCGUAGAGGCGUUUUCCGUUGCUAGCCAUAUGGAUGCGAUGGCAGGUAUAGGCGCACAAAGUAAGGCCAGAGCUUUCAGGAGGUGGAUCGUCGAGCAAGAGAGAGUGGAAGCAGAUUGUUGAGUGCUGCAGAGACGUUGCAGAACGAGGUGCUCCAUCGAACUCCAUGAUAAUGCUCGCGCCUGUGAAUCCAUCAGGCGAAGCAGAGUUGGAGGUACGCGCGCUUUUCCCCACUAUACCCAGUCAUCGUCCUAGCAUCAAUACUCAAAGUCACUGACGUAUUUUCCUACAUACUCAUGUAAUGUUGCUUUCUAGAGACAUUGUGAUCAUAACAGUGAAGCAGCCACGGUUC